GCGCGGCGAUCGGCGAGGCGCGCGCGGGCCCAGGCGGCUGCGCCCCGCGGAGGCCGUGCCUGCCCGCAGCCGCGCGCCCCGGGCCCCGCCGGCGCUCGGGGGCCCCGCGGCCGCCCGGCCCGGCCCCGAGGUCGCGGCCCCCGCGCGGUCAGCGCCCCGGCGCACGCGGCGCGGGCCUCGGGCUCACCAUGGUGGCGGCGCGCGCCCGGUGCCCGCGCGUCGCCCGUCGGCCCGGCCGCCGCGCCGGCUGAGCCCCGGUCGCCGAGCCCCGCCGGCCGCCGGCGCGCGCACCCCCGGCCGCCGCUGUCUAUGGCGCAGCCCCCCGCGCUGGAUCAUGCACAGAAACUUUCGCAAGUGGCUCUUCUACGUGUUCCUCUGCUUCGGGGUCCUCUACGUGAAGCUCGGAGCGCUGUCGUCUGUCGUGGCCCUGGGAGCCAACAUCAUCUGCAAUAAGAUCCCCGGGUUGGCCCCGCGGCAGCGCGCCAUCUGCCAGAGCCGGCCCGAUGCCAUCAUCGUGAUCGGGGAGGGGGCGCAGAUGGGCAUCAACGAGUGCCAGUACCAGUUCCGCUUCGGGCGCUGGAACUGCUCCGCGCUGGGCGAGAAGACCGUCUUCGGGCAGGAGCUCCGAGUAGGGAGCCGCGAGGCCGCCUUCACCUACGCCAUCACCGCUGCUGGCGUGGCCCACGCCGUCACUGCUGCCUGCAGCCAGGGCAACCUCAGCAACUGCGGGUGCGACCGCGAGAAGCAGGGCUACUACAACCAGGCCGAGGGCUGGAAGUGGGGCGGCUGCUCGGCCGACGUGCGCUACGGCAUCGACUUCUCCCGGCGCUUCGUGGACGCCCGAGAGAUCAAGAAGAACGCGCGGCGCCUCAUGAACCUGCACAACAAUGAGGCGGGCAGGAAGGUCCUGGAGGAGCGCAUGAAGCUGGAGUGCAAGUGCCACGGCGUGUCGGGCUCCUGCACCACCAAGACGUGCUGGACCACGCUGCCCAAGUUCCGGGAGGUGGGCCACCUGCUCAAGGAGAAGUACAACGCGGCCGUGCAGGUGGAGGCGGUGCGCGCCAGCCGCCUGCGGCAGCCCACCUUCCUGCGCAUCAAGCAGCUGCGCAGCUACCAGAAGCCCAUGGAGACGGACCUGGUGUACAUCGAGAAGUCACCCAACUACUGCGAGGAGGACGCGGCCACGGGCAGCGUGGGCACGCAGGGCCGCCUGUGCAACCGCACGUCGCCGGGCGCCGACGGCUGCGACACCAUGUGCUGCGGCCGCGGCUACAACACCCACCAGUACACCAAGGUCUGGCAGUGCAACUGCAAGUUCCACUGGUGCUGCUUCGUCAAGUGCAACACCUGCAGCGAGCGCACCGAGGUCUUCACCUGCAAGUGAGCGAGCCGCCGCGAGGGCCCGGGCCCGCCUGCCAGGAGCCGGG